GCUGUGGCCAGAAGCACACCGAGAAAUAUAAAAACAGCCUACGACUAUAAUCGAUGAAAUAUCAUAAGUGAUGUAGUCAAGGCCAGUACCCUUAAUGAGUUCGUGCUAAAACGGAGUUUGGAUUAUCCGAUUGGACAACAGCCUUUGUAUUUUUGUGAGGUCAAUGGUGGUCGAGGAUCUAAUUUUUCUGUGAAUUUUCAAAAUUCAUUUCUAAGUAACAUCUUGGCCCCCCGCGACGACAUGGGGACCCUACUACUGCUGGCCGCUCUGCAGAUGAUGACGGUCGGACUGGUGGAGGCUGCCGGCUGCCCCGCGGUGUGCGAGUGCCCGGUGGGCCCGCCCCCCUGCCCCCUGGGGGUCAGCCUGGUGGCGGACGGCUGCGGCUGCUGUAAGGUGUGCGCUGGGCAGCUGAACCAGGACUGCCACGAGGGCCGACCCUGCGACCACCACAAGGGCCUGGACUGUAACUACGGCAACGACGUGGCCAGCCCCCACGGCAUCUGCAGAGCAAAGGCGGAGGGUCGCGCCUGCGAGUACGACGGCCGCAUGUACCAGAACGGUGAGGACUUCCGGGCGGGCUGCAAGCACCAGUGCACCUGCAUCGACGGCGCCAUGGGCUGCAUCCCGCUCUGCCCCGCCCACCUGCCGCUGGCCACGCCCUCCUGCCCCGCCCCGCGCCUGGUCAAGGUCCCGGGGCAGUGCUGCCACCGCCUGGACUGCAGCGAGACCGCCAUCGCCGCGGCGACACCCGCCCGCCGCUGGCCGGCCCCGCCACCGGCCUACUCCCCGCUGUUCCCCUUCCUGCCCUACAAGCCGUACCCCUACCCGGACCACCCCUACGUCAAGACCAAGGCGUACCCCAAGCCCCACCCAUACCCCCACAAGCCCCGCAAGGACAGGAAGCAGUGGCGGGAGGAGGAGGGGCGGGGCAACGCGCUGCUGGACCCCGGCAGGAAGUGGGAGAAACCACAGCGACUCAAGCACCUGGCCACAUGGAGGCAGGCGGGCGACCAGUGUGUGGUCCAGACCACUUCCUGGUCCCAGUGCUCUCGGAGCUGUGGAGUGGGCGUGUCCUCCCGGGUGACCAACGACAACGCUAAGUGUAAACUGGUGAAGGAGACGCGGCUGUGCAACGUGCGUCCCUGCAGCUCCAUGUCCCUCCCGGUCAAGAAGGGCAGGAAGUGCUCGCGUACCCACAAGGCGCCGGAGCCCCACCGCCUGUCCUACGCAGGCUGCCGCACCGCGCGCCUCUACCGGCCCAACUACUGCGGCGUGUGCCGCGACGGGCGCUGCUGCUCGCCGCGCCGCACGCGCACCGCCACCGUCACCUUCGCCUGCGCCGACGGCGAGCGCUUCGACCGCGCCGUCAUGUUCAUCCAGUCCUGCAAGUGCAGCGACGAGUGCAACCACCUGAACGAGGCGGCCAUGACGCCCCAGCGGUGGCUCUACGGAGACACGCACAAGUUCCUCGAUUAGCCGCCGGCGAGCGUGAUGGAUUGGACCCUCCUUUCACCCCCGUCCGCCCGCCCGCCCAGCCCCCCAACA